AGUCUCCUAUCGCCAGCCGGCCAGCCAAUUAAUUUCCUUCAUCUUCUUCUUCUCUAGUUCUUCCUCCUCUUACCCUCCUCUGUCUCUCUCUCUCCCACGGACGCAGACUAACAAGAUGAAUGAUCUUCUUGCGGAUUCAUUUAGAAAGGAUGCAGCUGAGAAGGAAAGGGAUGUUGAGUUGGGAACUCUUCCAAGAAAUAAAUCAGACUAUGGGAUGGAAGGUUUUUUAAAAAAGGUAGGAGACGUUGAGACUCUGAUGGAGAAACUUUCCAAGCAGCUCAAGAAGCUUGAGGAAGCAAAUUUGGAGACUAAAUCUGUUACCAAGGCCUCCGCAAUGAAAGCACUCAAGCAGCGUAUGGAGAAAGACGUGAAUGAUGUUAUGAAAAUUACGCGUAGCAUUAAAACAAAGCUCGAAGAAAUUGACAGAGAUAAUUUAUCAAACAGAGAGAAGCCUGGAUGCGAGAAGGGAACAGCUGUAGACAGAUCAAGAAUGGCUAUGACUGUCGCCUUGAAAAAGAAACUAAAGGACAGAAUGAAUGAGUUUCAGAAUCUCCGGAAAACCAUUCAAGAUGAAUACAGAGAGGUUGUCGAGAGAAGGGUCUUCACAGUCACUGGAACCAAACCGAAUGAAGAAAUGAUUGACCACCUGAUUGAAACUGGAAAUAGUGAGCAAAUCUUACAAAAGGCAAUUCAAGAGAUGGGAAGAGGACAGGUGAUUGAUACUCUGGAAGAGAUGCAAGAACGACAUGAUGCUGUCAAGGAGAUUGAGAAAAAGCUACUUGAACUGCAUCAGGUUUUCAUGGAUAUGGCAGUAUUGGUGGAAGCACAAGGGGAGAUAUUAGAUAACAUUGAGAUUCAGGUGAGCAAUGCAGUGAACCAUGUACAAUCUGGAACGGAAGCACUCCAUGUCGCAAAGAGCCUCCAGAAGAACUCAAGGAAAUGCAUGAUGAUUGCCAUUACAAUCCUUCUGAUAAUUGCAAUCAUCAUUGUACUUUCAAUCCUAAAGCCAUGGCAAAAGAAAUAGAAAGAUAUGCACGUAUUUGGUCUCAGUUCUCUUCUUCUGUUGACUCGUGAAUAAAGAAAAUAGUGAGCAUGUAACCAUGUAUAAGUUAUAAUCCCCUAUUCUUUGUUCUUUCAAUAAACUUAUCAGGUAACAAUGAAGAAGUUGAUUCCUUGGAUUUUUCCUUGAUUUGAGAGUUGAUUUAGUACAUCUCGGGGUUUCACUUUGCAACUACUCGUUAUCUUCUCCUUGGGAAUUAGCAAUAGCAAGAACUCAGUGAGUACCCAAAUGAGGCAUAUAUAGCAUAUAUGUUUAUUAUUAUAUCAUGAUGUGUAGUUCUACUCGUUAAACUAUUUUUCCUCAAUGCAUCUUAAGUUUUUUCAAUUUCAUGUGACAGCGUUGGAUCCUUAGGAAACUUCCUAAUAUAUGACUUUUGACUAGAGAAAAGUUGGCAUGAACAUGAAGACCCAACGUGCUGCACAUGCAAGCUCCUAUACAUCAUGCACACACAUCUUUCCUAUUCAUGUUGUGCGCAGCAGAAUCCGAAACACAACAAACGAACGAGAUAGGAGAACAAAUCAACAACCAAACACAAGCACCACACAGCAAGACACCAAAUUUUACGUGGUUCGGCAAUAUGCCUACGUCCACGGGGCAAGGAGGUGG